UGUGUCUGUGAGCGCUGUGAGCAGCCAUGGCAGGCGGCGCGGUGGAGGAGGGCGUUAGGCCCCGGGACCGCCUGCUCUGCUUGUUCGACGUGGACGGGACCCUGACCCCGGCCCGACAGAAAAUUGCCCCAGACGUGGCAGAGUUCCUCCAGGAGCUGCGGGGAAGGGUCAAGAUCGGCGUGGUGGGCGGCUCUGACUACUCCAAGAUCGCCGAGCAGCUGGGCGAGGGGGACGAAGUCGUCGACAAGUUUGACUACGUCUUUGCCGAGAAUGGGACCGUGCAGUAUAAGAACGGACGCCUCCUCUCCAAGCAGACCAUCCAGAGCCAUCUGGGGGAAGAGCUGUUGCAGGAACUGAUUAACUUCUGCCUCAACUACAUGGCCCUGCUGAAGCUACCCAAGAAACGCGGCACCUUCAUCGAGUUCCGCAACGGAAUGCUGAACAUCUCCCCCAUUGGCCGCAGCUGCACCCCGGAAGAGCGAAUCGAGUUCUCGGAGCUGGAUAAGAAGGAAAAGAUUCGGGAGAAGUUUGUGGCAGCCCUGAAGACGGAGUUUGCCGGGAAGGGUCUGCGGUUCUCCCGAGGCGGCAUGAUCAGCUUCGACGUCUUCCCCGAGGGCUGGGAUAAGCGCUACUGCCUGGACACCCUGGGCAAGGACAGCUUCGACGCCAUCCACUUCUUCGGGAACGAGACCAGCCCCGGCGGAAACGACUACGAGAUCUUCGACGACCCCCGGACGGUGGGACACACCGUGGUCUCCCCGCAGGACACGGUGCAGCGGUGCCGGGAGAUCUUCUUCCCAGAGAGGGUCCGCGAGGCCUGAGGCCCACCGCCGCGGCCUGACCCUGGCCUCUCCCUCCCUCCCCUCCUGCCCCUGAGCCCGGCGCACGGGGGGCCAGAGUGGUCGCGUCCUCCCCCGGGGAGAGGGGGUCUCCGAAGCCUCGCAAGCAACGAGAAGCUGAGCUCUUCCCUGAAGAACAUGGGAAGGGGAGGCUCUCGGGGACUCCGACUUCUCCCCCUUCUCCCUCCCAAGGAUCCUAGUCCUGGCAGGAGCCGCCCCACCCAGGUGCCGACCCCUUCCCUCUCUGCCCCUGAUCUAGCCCGGCCACCUUGAAAGCGACAAGGCCCAGCGGCGAGCACGCCUAAGAGGCCAGCUGGGCCUUGACAGGCCAGAGCAGAGAGAGUCCACUCUUCCCUGGCAGGAGCAGGCCUCACCCCCUCCAGCCCAGGGAGCAGUAGAAUCGGCCACGUCCCUUGGGAGCCCGGGGCAUCCUAGAGGGAUGAGGGUUCGCCCCUCCACACCUGUGGGGCAGAGCGGGUGACAGUGGCGGGGGCCGUGACCCCCACCUGGUCUGGCCGAUGCAUAGGAACCAUAAGAGACAUCAGACCGGAGCUCUCCCCCGCCCCUCUCCCCGACUCAUCCUACUCCCCGGUUCACACUCCCGUACCCUCACUGUUUGGAAAUGGCAGGGGUGAAGAGCAGCAAAGGAGUUAUAUAUAUAUAUGUAUGGUGGGGGGCGGGGGUAGAUUUCUAUACUGGCGUGAGAGUGUGUAAGUGCAGCUACACACAUGUGUGCGUUGGGCCGGGGAGAGUGAGCGCCAGAAGCCACGCCAGAGGGGUGGGCAGCCAGUGGGGCUUCUUCCCGUGUUUUAGAGAACUUUUUAUCGCGCAUCACGGACUGUACUAAAUGUCUUCUACAACACAGCCCCCUCUGUGCUCCGUGCGGCCGGGGGCGAGGCCAGCGUCGGGGCCGAAGAAGUGAGGGGAGAAGCCCUCCGGCUGAGAACCUGUGGGCCGGGGACGGUGGAGGCCGGCCGGCUCCCCGGGCCCGUCCCUCCAUCCGAACACCAGAGCGGCAAGGGGAGGGCUGAGCUCGCUGGCCCGUGGCCAGGCCAACCCCUCUGGCCUUGAGGCCCAGCGAGCAUGGCAGUGCCAUCUGGCUUUUGAAAGAGUGAGUGUGGACAAAGGGCAUUUAGUUGAAGGAGCAAACCCUCCCUCCUCUUUUCCAUUCGGCCUCAGCGAGGGAAGCGUCUCCCUGGAGUUGGGGGCUUCGAGGGGGUGCCCCCCGGGACUGGGAUACCACCACAUGCCACUUUACCCUACCAGUCUAGUCUCCCCCUGUAACCUCAGGUAUUGGGAACCUUCCCCUUGGCCUACCCAGGGGACAUCCAGGCUUUCGCGGGCUGGGGCUGAGCGGGCACGGCCCGGAGCCCACUGUUGGGUAGGGACUGUCUCUAUAUGUUGCCAAUUUGUACUUCCCAAGCGCUCAGUCCAGUGCUCUGCACACAGUAAGCGCUCAAUAAAUACGAUUGAUGAUGAUGAUGAUGGAGAAGCUCCCAGGGGGUCGGGGGCACCACUGAAGCCCGCAGGGGACCACUGCGGUCCGCUGCCGGGCCGGGGACUGAAAGAUGGGAGCGGACCACUCCUCCGGCGCUUAAUAAAGCCCGGGCAGGUGGCGCGGGGCUGCCCUCGCCUUCGAGGGACGCCGUGAUUAUCAAUCAUCCAGCCUGCUCCCACCUUCCAACUGGCCCCCUUCCCGGUCAUUCCGGAUAAUUGAGUUUUCAUGGGAACGGGCUGCUCGAAGGACUAGCAGCCCUUUUCCUACUCACCGGAGGAGGGGGAAGCUGCCGCUUACACAAUAGACAGGGACCGUCUCUAGAUGUUGCCAACUUGUACUUCCCAAGCGCUUAGUACAGUGCUCUGCACACAGUAAGCGCUCAAUAAAUACGAUUGAAUGAAUGAAUGAAUAGACACCCCCCCCAACAGCACCACUCAGUUUUGUGGUUUGGGCUCCCAACCCCGGUUCCGAGAGGCAGCAGGAAACACCGUGGCCUAGCGGAAAGAGCACGGACCCGGGUUCUGAUCAUCAUCAUCAUCAUCAAUCGUAUUUAU